CAGCCACCUUGCUUCUGCACCAUUUUCAGCUCCUGGCCUCGCACAAGCUCAAAACACCAACAAAGACCGCCACCGUGUCCCUUUCUACCGUCUGCCCCAGCCUCCUCACUUUCUUUCCUCCACUGGCAACAGAUUUACCCCUCCCGCGCCGGCCUACGUGCCACCGACCGCGUCCGCAAGCAAGCCCCUCGCAGUCCGGAACCCCGCAAAUGCCAGCAUGGAGCAGAGACGACCCCCCGAGUACAUUCUCGAGGUGUUUGCAGAUCCAGCGUGCGUCAAGGAUAUCGUAAAAGCAAUUCUCCAUACGAUAUUCUUCCACCGCUAUUUCUCCUCGAUAUCGCCUCUUACCCGUGAUCUCCUCGACCUCACUCUACCCGCUAUCGACGACGUUGACCUCGAAACCCUCAUCGAUCAGCGCAGCGCCGCCCUCGUCCGUGCGAUCGAGUCUGCCCACCAGCAGCGGGGUCGUGGUCAGCUUGCGGUCCAGUUCUUUGAGAAGCGGAGAAGGAAGACAUAUUUCUCGUUUGGUAAGGCCGACGAGGAGGUUUGCUGGGAGCAGUGGAUGCUGGACGUCACUCUAGCCACCCCGCGAACAGAGACGGACGUUAUCAAAGUCCGCCGCGCAAUGGAAAUGUCCCUCCACAAAGCUGCGCUCAAAAUCGUCAACAUCGUCAAUCGUGACAAAGACCACAUUCCACCCAUCACGACCACCGACGCGAACCCCUUUCCGUACCAGAUCGUGGUCAACCCUAAAUCCGACGGAUGGGGCCAGCGUAUGGGCAUAUUCUAAUCACAAUGACUCCAUUCAACUGGGUCAAAAGAGCUUUGGUGUAUAUAGCGAGACGUCGGCAAGGUUCUCAAAAGAUGACGCGGAAAAGCAUUGUUUGCUUCCCAAGGAUUAUGGACUUUAGACAGGGUCUUUCAUUUUGGGUUUUCUUUCUGCUGGCGAGAAAAGGACUGUACAGUGCCGCACUCGUGUAGCAGGAGUGUAGGCAAAUAAUGACUUGAUGAGGUUUGUGGUUUCUUUGAUCGUUAUGAGAUACCCAGUCGGCAUCAUACAUAAAAUGUUGCCUUGAAACGAUCUUACGAGAUAUGGUGUUUACCUUGGAGUUAUGCUGCAAGCUGAAAGGCUACGUCUUGUUCUACAU